AUGGUGCGUAGAACGAAGCCUACAGCAUCCUACACGGGUAUCCUCGAGCUAAUGGGAGGUCGUCAGCAGCAGCACAUGACAGCAACCCUUCACAGGAUCCAAUGCCUCGGCUACAAGAUCGUGGGGAGCAUCCCCCCGCUGAACUUCUUGAAUCGCUUGGGCGAAAUCUUCGCCGAGUUCGUCGAGUCCUUCGCGAAAGUUGCUUCAGCUGUGGCCACCCAAGCCAUGAAGGGUGGAAAGUCGCUGCUCCAGACGGCUGCUACAAGCGACUUCCCGUCGGCCGGUGCUCCCCCCAUGGUUCACCACAGAGGCAGCAACCUCAUGAUCACAAAGCACACGCAACAAGCUCCGAGCGGACAAGCGGAGCUGCUGCAGGAGUUGGCUGCGGCCAAGGCCAAGGACGAUGAUGAUGAGGACGAGGAGGAUCCUUCUGCUAUCAGUUGGAGCUUCGGCGACUAUGGGCCUCAGACUCGAACCCUGGUGACGCAGUUCAACGGCAGGGAGACAUCUACAGGCUCCUGCCUGGCCUUUGCACCGAGAAAUAAGACCGGGAGCGAUAGCCAGGCGACCCAACAGGACUGGCAGGCAACCAGCGAAGAUGCCUUUAUCAAGCUGGAGCCUUGGGCCGUGCCUUGCGGCAACAAGUGGAUGAAGGACAACUGGAACAAGUGGCAAGGUUAUUCCUUCUACACCUCGGACAUUGCAAUCGAGAAGUGUGUGACGGUCACGUUCGCCUUGAACAUGCAGCCAGUCGUGGCCUUCGUGGGCGGCAUCCAGUUCGACCUGUUGCCGAAUCCAUUGGCCGAAGUGGAUACUCAGGCCAGCAUCUCAGGUAGUGCUUAG